ACGUCUUUACUUAGGUCGACGGAGUUCGCAGUAUGGCGCUUAGGCCUACUUCUGACUGAGAAACUUAAUGUUAUUAGCGGAUUAGCGACAAAUGACAGGAAGAUCGGUUUACUUACUUCAUUUUUUGUACGACUCAUGAUGUGCUUAUUUCUUCUCGGCAGAUAAGUAAAACAGUUGUAGGCCUGUAGAUAGCUAUAAUAUUCGAUAAUCCACGCUAUUGGACAAUCAAUUAACAGGAGUAAAGCCGCUCAUGAAGGAGGUAUCCGAGGUCAAAGCAAUUUCCAGCCGCUUUUAGACGCGGGGACUGCGGCACCCCACAGAAAGGGCACCGGCACCCGAAGCGGCUUAAGGGAAUCGGAGUUUAAUCCAUCCAAGGCUUCGGUAAGUGGAAGACAUAGGACGGAACUGCUGAGUUCAGAAUUUGGAUAUUCAACCUAAUUGUGACAGAAGCUGAUCUCCAUAGCCGUUAGUAGUCUACUAACAAUGUGCCUGAGGGAAUUGUUAAAUGACUCAUACAAAUUCUACUUAUCAAGCUAAAUCCCCCUGUUUUUGCUUUGUUUUAGUUUAGUAUAGUUAUGGGUGUAUGAGUAAUGCAUACAGCUGCCAAACCCUGUCCAUUUCAGCUUCAUAUAAAAUGGAAAGAGGAAAAAAGAAUCCAAACUGUGGUUGUGACUCUUCCUCUCUCCCUCCCACUUUUUCCUCUGUCAAACAGUAAGUUUCCGACCGUUCGAACGAGUUCGCUUUCUUUAGGAUUUUGGAACAAAAGAUGGACUUCUUUGUGUUUUAAUCUGGUUUUGCUCUUACCGCUCAGCUAAUAUUUUUCUUUUAAGUUUCUUUUCUGUCUUUGAAUCAACGAUGUGAAUAUGUGUGAUCGUGCUUUUUGGCAACAAGGCAAAACUGGAGUUUCCUGGAAAGUGAUUCCAGCAACUAAGAAAAAGAAAACGGCAAACAUCAUAUAGACUGAGUGGAAACGGCUUCUGUUGGAUCGAAAGAGGAAGGGAGAGGAGACACGGGAGAGGCAAGUGCGAGAAGAUGAGAAGAGACUGGCCAACAUGCCUGCUUGGAAGCGUGAGGUCAUCCAGCGGAGGAAAGCAAAGCAGGAGGGUGAUGGGGGACCCCAGACCGUGGAUGGCAGGGUUAUCGCGGAGAACACAAGUGAGGCGGCGCUGCCCAAGGACUCCUGGUCCACCUGCGCUCAAGGGUUCAGAAAUGGGCCAGAACCUCAAAGCCAGGUCUCAGUGGAGAACAUAGGGCCGGUCCAACACAACCCAUUCGUACUCUCACAGAAUGUAUGGAGGGGUGACAGAAGGGAGUGCAGGGAAGACCUUGGGCCAGACAACAGUGCUGAAGGUGGAGUAAGGAGGACAGGAGAAGGAGAUCCAUCGAAGGAGGAACAGAGUGAGGAAUUUGGGAGUUGCCAGAGAGAUAUAGACUGUGAUGGAGAGAAACAUCAAAAUGUAAAGUGUAAGAGAAUGGGGAAUGGAGGUGAUGGCUUGAGGAGGAAAGGAGGAGGAGACAGAGAGCAAAAGGACCCAGGCACUGAGUAUCCCGUCUGUUCACUGUCUGUCCCUUGUCUUAGGACUAUCCAAGCUGAACAUGUCAUCACUGCUGAAUUGGAGAUCAGUGCUACAGGAAAGAAGGCGCUGGGAAAUAAAAGGAGGGAGGAAGAAAUGAAACCGUCUGCCAGUGUAAAGGACAGGAGUGAGGCAUGCCAACCAAUGUAUGGCGAGAGAAAGGGGAGCAGGUCAGGAACAGGAGCUAAUGAGGAGAGGCAUGAGAAAGAGGAGGUGAUCAAUGCACUGGGAGAAAAGGAGGCGGUGCCUGGAGGGGAUAAAGCUAGGAGCAGAAUGAAGGUAGGCAGGAUAUGGCCCAAUGUACAGGUGAAAACAGGUGAGAAGGCAGCAAAAGCUGACAGGAGCAUUAGGGAGGACAUGGAAGCAGGGGCCUCAGCGGAGAACUUGGGGCAUGUCAGCCGGCUGCUGAGCAAAUUCGGAGAGCAGUACAAGUGUCCAUUGCGAUCCAAAAGCAUGGACUGUUUCACCUCUCAUGAUGAAGGUGGAGGAAGGGGGAGUAUGGAGGAAGAAUCUGCCCUCAGGGAGAGGGAAAGCUGGGCCCAGAGAAAAGAGGAGAGGGAGGAGGUACAAGGCUUCACUGUCAAGGGGGUUCCAAUGAGGUCCUUUAGGUUCUCCAAACAUGUGGUUUCUGACACGGAGAACAGGGCCGAUGAUGAAGACUGCAUUGAAAGGAAGGUGGUAGAAUUGAAAUACUCUGGCAGGUGGGCACCACAGAUGGAGGGCUGCCAGGAAAGGAGGAGGGUCAAAGGAGAUGAGUGGGGGCACUCAGAGAUGGUGCAUCAAGGCCGUUACCAGCUAUCCAUGCAAAGAGAACCAGGCCUGCCCAAGGAAACAGGAGUUGGGGAAGACCCAGACGUGGGAGAGGGAGUUUCUGAACUUGGUGGGAUGGGUAAAGCCCCAGAGAAAGAGUGGGAUAGGGAGAGGGCGGAUUCAUCUGGGUUAGUCAAAGGGAUAGAUGCUUUGGCAGUGCUUGGUACCAGGGACACUGAGAUGACCCUGAGAUACAAUGAAGAAAGAAAGGAUGGUAAGAUGGAGAGAGCAUGGUUAGGAGCAGCACAGAGGAUGCCAAGGGAGAGUGAAAUGGCACACCGUGAGGAAGAGGAGAAGGUACCAGCUGUGAGUAGGAAAGAGCAGCCACACCGGAAUAUUAAUGCAGUUCCAGAAAGGCAAGACAUUCUAGGGAAAGAGAAGUUCAGAAAUGAGUCAUUGUUUACAGAACGCACAGACUCCUACCACACGGCAUCUAAGAGGCUAAUGUGUGACAUGGAUCACCACAGCUGUUUGCCUGAGGGGAGGUCCAGAGAGAAAAAACCAGAGUCGGGGGAUGGGGGGGCCUGCACAACACUGGCACAUGGGCCCUUUCACGGGGGAGGGAAGGCAGAUAUGGAUGGAGCCCUCAGUAGGUCACAUGCGGAUAGAGAAAACACCGAGGGGAUUCUAGAUGGAAACCAGGAUAGAGCAGUGGCUUCUACCAUGGACUCCAGUAAAGCAGGAAAUGCUACAGCCAUGGGAGAAGUUCUGAUCCCAAGAACUCACUUUUAUGUGCGAGAGAGAGGAUCUAAGUUGUGUGUCGCAAUGCAGGGGAAGCAAGAAAGGGGAAAGGUGUCAGUGUGGGGGGGUAACUGGGAGGCUGGACAGUCACUUCAAGAAGCGAUUGGGCAGAGCGGGCCAGAGAAAGUAAUGGAGGGUGAAGGAGAGUCUAGGAUUGGUCUGGGGAGCAGGUGGGAGGCGUAUGCAAGAGAAGAGGAGGAUAUGCAGGGUAAGGAAAGGAAAAUGGAAGAAGGUGGGAGGAGGGAGUUGGAGAGAGCACUGCGAGUGAGAGAAGUGGUUGACCAGCAGCAAGUCAGCCGAGAGGGGAAGGAGACUGUAAUAUCAACAGGGAGUGAGAGAGUCGGGAAAAUACAGAGAGGGCCUUGCGUGUACACAUCCAGCUCUCUAGGCGUCAUACAGGAAGUAGGCUUGCCCAAGCCCAGCCCCCCACUUCCUGCUAAUGUCUCACCCUCACAGUUACUGCUAGCUGCAAAAGCAGAAGCCAGGGCCUCCUCUGCUGCUACCCCUGUAGCGGCCGCUUCUCCUCACAUUCAAGAAAGACAGGAGCAAGAAAGACAACAUGUAGAAGACUCUGAGAGCAGCCAGAAGGGGAGACGUUUCACAGAAGAAGGAGGCAAAGAAGAGGAAGAGUGCGCACAGAGUCCGUCUCCUUCCCUGACUACCUCCAUUGACGUCCCUCCAUCCUCCUCUUCCCCUACUCUGCCCUUCGUCGUCAACAUGAGCCGAAUUUACAACCAGAAGCCGGUGGUCCCCAGGUCCACGCUGUCCAUUGGUGAGAGGAAGACUGAGAACAUGUCUCCAACUCUCAAGGCACAGGGGCGGGAGUCUCCGUUACAGAGCCAUCGCUUACCACUAACGCAAGACAAUCUCCAGCCCAAAGGAGAGAUACUGGAGCAACAGAGCCUGCCAAGGAUGGAGCUGAAACCAACCUGGUGGCAGGCCUGUCAACGGAAGCCAAAGGAGGAGAUGAACACCCGCGGCCAGGAGGCCCAAAUGCAGACAGUGCAGCAGCAGGUUAAGCUGUUAAAGCUAGAAGCUGAGCCCCAAGCCUCCAGCGAGGCCUCCAACCAGCAAGAACUGUUGAAAGGCAGCCAUUUAGGACUAAAAGACAGCUCAAAACCAUCACCGCUCCUGCAGCAGUAUCAAAAAGUCAACCAGCAGACAUUUCCAAAGGACCAGGAAACUAGUAACGGGACAAAACCUACACAGCAACUAAGCAACCAGAAACUACCUCUGAAGCAACAAUCACCAAAUCAGUGUCAACCGUCCAGAUCCUUCACCGUCAACCCUAAAUCUAGUCCUGUCCUUGAGAAUCCCCCUCAAAUCCAGGAAUGCAAAGAUGUGGUCACCCCCUCUGCUUCUCUGUCCCCUUCUUCCUCUUCUCCCUCCGCCCUCCCAAAUGCUCCACUCUUCUCCCUCCGGAACACUUCAGCAGGCCCUGGCAAAAGAGGCAACACCAUCACCAUCGUCCCCAGGAGGCCUCCAGCAGCGGGCAAGCCUGCUACCGACCCGGGGGCUAACAGGACAGCCCCCCAGACCCAGGCGCCCAUAUCCGGGGAUGCCAGCAAGAAAAGAUACCCCACAGUCGAAGAAAUAGUCGUGAUUGGGGGAUAUAAGAAGGUAGAGAAGUCCUGCUUGUCCAAGCAUGGAAAAACUCCCAAAGGGGUGACAGUGUGUUUCAAUGAGGCACAGCUAGAACAUGUGUGCGAGUACCCGUCGGAGAGUGCCAUGCUGGCCUCCCUCCCCUGCCCCCCCCCAGACUCUGAGAAAGAGGCCGAGGAGAAGAUGGGGGGGCAGGAGGAGGAGGAAGAGGAGGAGGAGGAGACGGGAGCAUUUGCACUGAGCAGCAAGAGAAUGGCUGUAGGAAAAAGCCGAGUUCUCAGAGUGGAUGAGUCAUGUCGACGAUAAAUACCAGUCGAUCACGGAAUUCCUUAAAAUAUGGUUCAAAUUUUAAAUGUCCAGUUUGACUUAAGUGCCAAUAUGUAUAUGUUGCAUGCUUGUUGUAAAUGGUGAUUUAUUUUGUUUUUUUUUUUAAUUGAAUAUGUUUUUUAUAAUUACGUGAUUUCUGUUUUAUCAGUAUAUUUUUUUCAACAGGCAUAUCAUAAAAUGCAUACCUAUUUCUAACUUGUGUGUAAAAAAACAAGUAGUCUACAAUAAUUAAAUGCACAUUAUAAAUCUAUUAAUGAAAUUACUGAAGUACUGGAAGACAUAAUGAUUAAUGUAAUCUAGAUAUAUUCUUUGUUAAUUUUGUUGCAUUGCACAGAAACUGCAUAGAUCCACAGAUCUCAACAUCUGGAUGGGCCCAGUGUUAAUCAGACAGUGUAAAUGUCAGAUGAUCUCUUGCACAUUAAAGUCCUCUUGGGCUACAACCAGUGGUUGCAUAAAUACGUGAAGUAUUUUAGUGUAACCCCGGCACUAGCUUGGGCUGAUGCUGACAAUUGGCAUGCGUGUUGCAUGAAUAUAUUCUGUUGCACUAGGACGAUUGAAUCAAAUAUCAGAUUUCAAUUUCAAACAUUUCUAAGAAGAUGUCAUUAACGGUUUGCAUUAUAUUAUUACACUGAUAAUUGUAAUUUCAGUAUGACCAUUAAUAUUGAUAUUGCAGUAGAGAAUGGUAAUACUGCCAUAAAAAUUAAUUGAUUAGACACUUGCAUUUCUUUCAAUCAGGGAACGAUAACGGUCAGAUUCACAGUUUACGUUUGUGUACCCUGCUAAAUCUUGAAGGGUUAUAAUAGGUUUAUUGUGCCUGUAGAGUAUUUUAAUAGGAGAAACUCUGCAAUGAUUUUAUAUAGUGUUUUGAAAAAUGUAUUAGACGUUGAUGAAUGUGAUUAAGAUGUCUGUAUUUUAUGUUUACUAUGCGAACACGGUGUUUUUUUAUUUUCUGUUUUAUACUGCGAUUUUAAGAAGCUGGCUUUAAAAAAAAUUAAGCACAAUAAAUUAUUUGACUCAACGAUA